AUGAUCGCGAGAGGAUACUUCAUUUUGACAAUAUUGGUUAAUCGCGUUCUCUCAUUGCCCGUGACUCCAACUUACCUUGAGAAAGAGGAUGUCGAGGUGAUGAAAUGCAUCGUGGAGGUUCUCGCUGAUGUGCUCUCGAAGCCACACCGUUUGGCUGUCAGUCAGGAGUGCCUGAACAUACUAAGGACAGAUGAAAGGCUUGUGUCAAUCCUCCGCCACCGCAACUUCCUCAAGGAGCUGCAGGACAUUGCCGUUGAAGGAGCCAAUGAGAGAGCUCAGCAGCAUGUUGACAUCACGGCAGAUCAUGUGACUAAGAAACCACAGGGUCCUCAGGGUAUAGAUGAGGCUGCAGAUCGAUCGAUGUUGGCUGCUCUGGGGGGCCCCGGCGAGAGGUCUAUCCUGUCCCAGAAGAGUGGGACCGGAGGAGAGGGAGAAGGGGAGGGUGAAGGAGAGGCGGAGAACAGUGCGGAGAGGGACGGAGAGUCAUCCCGUGAGAGGAACGAGAUCAUCAGAAAAGGCGAAGAGAAGAAGCGAGAAAAGGACGAGACCCCUGACAACCGUAUCUCAGAUGCCAUGAACAAGGAGGGGAAAGAGGAGGAAGAGGAUGUGGAUCUACCUUCAUUGGUAUCUGGUAGCUAUGCAGGCUGCGAGCAGGUACCAUCAUCUUGGGCAGAGUCUGGUGAGGUGACAGAUGCACCAGAAGAUAAAUCUGAGGAGAAGAAAUCUGCAGAGGAAAAUGAAGAGGAGGUAGAGGAGAAGAGGUCUGCAUUGCCUCUGCAAGACAGUGCCGAGGCAAAGAAGGAGUGGGAGGAGGAAGAGGAGGAGGAGGAUGAGGGGGAGGUGAAACGCGAGGUCGCCGGUGUGAAUCACUGGAGCAGAAUGAGUGAGCUAGCCCGGAGUUUGCAAACAAAGAAGAGAGCGGGAGAGGAAGAAAAGUUGCAGGAAGUGAAGUCACUGGAGGUCGGAGGUCAACAUGAAGUGCCCCAUCACUCCAAGGAGGUGGUGGAAGAGGAAGUGGAGGAGAAGAGGAAGGUGGGAGAGGCACGGAAGAGCCCCGAAGUGAAGGAGCUCCAGAUGAUGGCACGCAGGGAACCGCAGGAGAGGAGAGAGGGAGAGGAGGAAGAAGGGAGCACCAGCAGGAAGACUGAGGACCCAGAGAUUGAGAGUCUGGCGGCCAUCGAGUCGGAGCUGGAGAGCGUUGCUCAGAAACUCCACGAGCUGAGACGAGGUUGA